AUGGACCUCUCUGCGCCGCGUACCCCUGCAGAUGCCCGACGUGCUGAGCUCCGCCGUCCCCUGCAAAUCGUUGCUGACAGGGUGAUCCGACCGGUAACUCGGGCAAACCGAGCACGACUGCUGGAGGACUUCGAUGGCUGGCUUAGAACGACGCAAGACACCAACCUCGCCGACCUACUGAAGACCCCCUGGGAGCAGGUCGAACGAAUCUCGGCCCUACUGGUUCAGUUUGGGCAGCAGCUUUUCCGAACAGGGUCUCCUUAUUAUCGGUGUUCGGAGACCAUCAAUGGUAUCGCCGCUGCCAGGCCGGGUAUAAGAAGGUCUCUUUCUGCAGCGUGGGACUUAGCCUUUGCCUGGCUCACUGAAGAGCCUCAUGCCCAUCAUCGGGCAUUGCCCAAGGGGAUAUUAUUGGCUGUCCUUUCGGCAGCCCUUACAUGGGGCUGGCUCCUUGAGGCUGGGGUCUUCGCUUUAGCAUGGUCGGGCUUGCUUAGGAUCGGAGAAGUGCUGGCGGCCACGAGGAAGGACCUGAUCCUCCCUCGGGAUGCUGCCCCGGACACUACCUUUGCUUUGCUGCAGAUUCGUGCACCGAAGACGAGAGGCCGGGCAGCAAAGCACCAGGCCAGCCACGUGGACCCACCCGAUGUCGUCGAGCUCCUGGACCUGGCUUUUGGUGCCCUGCCCCAGACCUCCCGACUCUGGCCGAUGUCUGCAGGCACCCUCCGGCGUCGCUUUAAGCUGUUGCAGGCCCGCUUUGGCCUCAUGGCUCCGAUGGUGCUGCCCACUUUGAGCUCUCCUCGUUCAGACCAGGAGGCGCAACCUGGAUGCUCCAUUGCACCGAGAAUCCGGACCUAG